AUGGCUUAUUGUGCCUCCUAUAGUGCUGAGAUUGACAUUGAAAACGAACAAAUCACUGAGUUACCAGAUGGAGGAGAAAAAGAAGAAGAAACUUUUGCAAAAAAAAGUGAAGUUCGAAAAGUUAUGAAUUACAUAUGGAACCUCCUAUUGAAAUCGAACGUAGGAUUCGUAAGGCUUUUCAAGAAACUCAUUUUUGGGAGGCCUAUGACUUUGUUGAUGAAAUUACCAUGGAAGAUCAUAUCUAAUCUUCCUCCAGUCAAACUCAUGAAAGAACCCAUGGAGCGGAUGCUCGAGAAGUAUAACAGUGAAGGAGAGGAGAAAGAAGAAGAUGCAAGUGGCGAGCCGAAGGCACCAACGAUCGAAGAGAUCAAAAUCCCUUCAGUUAUGGAGCUAGUAAAAGCUGGAAUCCUUUUCUCACCCGUUAACGGGGGGAUAUUAGAUAUGAGUUUCGAUAACAUAACAUCUACACUUUACCUCCCGGUGAUUGUUCUAGAUGUGAACACAGAGGUUUAUUUGAGAAACUUGGUGGCGUACGAAGCUUGUGUAGCAGCGGGACCAUUGGUGUUGGCUCGCUACACUGAGUUGAUGAAUGGGAUAAUCGACACGGAAGAAGAUGCAAAGUAUUUGCGAGAAAGAGGGAUAGUUUUGAAUCGUUUGAAGAGUGAUAAAGAGGCUGCGGAUUUGUGGAAUGGAAUGAGUAAAUGUGUGAAAUUGACGAAAGUGCCAAAGAUGGAUAAAGUGAUCGAAGAUGUUAACACGAGGUAUAGUAAAACAUGGCGGGUGAAAAUUGUGAAUUUCAUGAACACAUAUGUGUUUGGAUCUUGGAAAUUCCUAACGAUUUUUGCUGCUUUGUUUAUGUUGUUAUUGACGGGAUUACAAUCAUUCUGCUCCGUGUAUACUUGUUCUCGUAUCUUUCAUACGCUUCCUGAUAUCCAAGGAGGAUCGGAAUGA